AUGUUGACUACUGAAUUAUCUGAAGCCGAGGUGUCGGCGCUGAGAGUUAACAAGGAGCGAUUGGCAAAGGACCUUCACCACUCAUGUCAAUGGGGUUACGGUAUCCGAUGGGGAGAUGGAUCGACAGACACCGGCAUGCAGCGCCUUGCUCUGUCCGAGGAAGACAAGAGCGUUAGGAACUGGUUCAUCCAAACCAUGAAAGACCUUAAAUGCCAGAUUACCGUCGACGAGAUGGGCAACAUUUUCGCUGUGCGUCCCGGCAAGAGGACGGACGUUCCGGCCACUUUUAUCGGAAGUCACCUCGAUACCCAGCCAACCGGAGGCCGCUAUGAUGGAAUACUGGGCGUCUUGUCCGGCGUAGAGGCCCUCAAGCGAAUGGAUGAGAUGGGUCUUGAAACAGAGGGAGGCGUUGGGGUUGUGAACUGGACCAAUGAAGAGGGCGCUCGAUUCCCGGUUAGCAUGAUCUCUUCCGGCAUAUGGGCAGAGUGCAUCCCGCUGUCCAAAGCCCAUGGCCUCAAGGAGGUGCCGACAGUUGCGUCGCUGCCCACGGCUGCUUCGGCCCCGGAGACAAUGAAGAGUGCUUUACAGAAGAUCGAUUACCUGGGCAGUGUACCCUGCUCAUAUAAGUCAACACCAAUGGCGGCACACUUUGAGUUGCAUAUCGAACAAGGUCCACAUCUUGUGUCGGCUGGUCAGCGAGUUGGUGUGGUCACAGCAGUCCAGGCUUAUCGAUGGUACCGACUGAACGUGAUCGGAAGAGAUACACACACGGGAACAACGGCUUUCGAGCACCGCGCAGAUGCUUUGUAUGCCUUUUCCCGCAUGAUGGUCAGGGCUAGAGAAGUUGCCAAAUCUCGAGGAUGUCUUGCUAGCGUGGGCAUUGUCGAGGCGAAACCCGGAAGUGUAAAUACCGUCCCCGGCACAGUGAGCUUUAGCUUGGACAUCCGUGGCCCAGAGACAGAGCUGGUGGCCGAGGUAGAGAAGGAGUUGCGCAAGGACUUUGAUGGCAUUGCGGCAGAGGAAGGCGCUGGGAUCGGGAAGCCUUGUCGUGUGGAGUGGACACUUGACUUCGACUCGCCCGCUGUGAAAUUCCAUGAAGAUUGUAUCGGCUGUGUGCAAGAUUCAGCCUAUGCCGUUGUUGCGGAUGCUCCGGUGGCAGAUACAAAGUCACUGGUCCGGCCGAUCAUGAGUGGUGCUGGCCAUGAUAGCGUGUUUACCUCGAAGAGAGUUCCAACUAGCAUGAUCUUCGUUCCAUGCAGGGAUGGGCUAAGCCAUCAUCCUGAAGAAUUCUGCUCGGCGGACGAUUGUGCAACCGGAGCAUCUGUGAUCCUGCAGGCCGUCGUGCGAUAUGACCGGAAGAGGUUCGCAUAG